GAAGUAUCAACACCAGCGCUCUUUGGGUUGAAUCCAUAGAAAUUGUCAAGAGACCCAAGUAUGGCUGCCCAGGGCAAGAAGAGUGCGCCUGCCAAGAUGGCUAAGGGCGAUAAAAAGAAACCCAGCAAGAGCGCCAGUGCCGCACCUCCAGCGAAAUUGGUUUCUGCCAUUUCGGCCUUCUUGUCGGAAUACGGAUUCUCGGCCACCAGUGAAGCUUUCGUGAAGGAACAGACCAAGAAGUCUAUCGACACUAAAAUCGAGUCCAAGAAUGUGCCAUCAUUGCUGGAGCUUUUCCAGACUUGGGAGGGCCAAAGCCAGGCGACAACCACUAGCUCUUCGGACGACUCUUCCUCAAGCAGCAGUGACAGCGACAGCUCGGAUGAAUCUUCGGACUCCGAUGUAGAUAUGGCCGAAGCCCCCAAGGAACAACUCAAAAGACGCGGCUCCUCUUCUUCUUCAUCGUCGUCCUCAUCCUCCUCGUCAUCCGCCUCCUCUUCCAGCUCCUCUUCUGAGAGCGAUUCUGACGAUGAAGAAGAUGAUGAGGCCACUCCCGCAUCUGCUCCUACAUCUCAGGGUGUGAAGCGCAAGGCGGAAUCGAGCUCUUCUUCUUCGGAUUCUGAUUCUGACUCGGACGAAGCUCCCCAGACGAAGAAGACUAAGUUGGCCUCGGAGAAAAAGGCAUCGGAAUCCGAGUCUUCUAGCAGUGAGAGUUCGUCGUCGGAUUCUGAAUCUUCGUCUGAGUCGGGUUCCUCCGACUCGUCUUCUGACUCCGACUCUGACUCCGAUUCUGAUUCUGAUUCUGACUCGGACUCGGACUCGGACUCUGAAUCCGACAGUGAUGAUGCUAAGAAAGCAGACAAGAAGGUUCUGAAAACUGCCACCAAGACGCCCCUUCCUCCUUCCGACUCAAGUUCCAGCGGCUCCUCUUCGGAUGAGUCCUCUUCCAACGAUGAAUCCUCAGGAAGCAGCGGCACCCUUCAAAAUUCAGAAUCCGAGAAUGCCACUAGUGAGCCAGUGCAGUCGUUCAGCGCCAGCCCAGCUCCCGGGGAUGGUCCCGUGAAGAAGAAGCACACCGGCGCUCGCCCUACUCCUCUGGCUGCCCUCAGCGAAUUGCCCCACGAUCAUCCCUCAAAUGAUUAUGUGCCCUAUGCAUAUGCCGAAAAGGCCUGGAAGGAUCUGUCCGUCACCCGCGGCAAAGGUUUCACCAAAGAAAAGAACAAGAAGAAGCGUGGCUCGUACCGCGGAGGACCUAUCGACAUCUCUGGAGGAAAGUCUUUCAAGUUUGACGACUAAUUCGUUCGAGCAAAUGAUACCAUCCUAGACUACUUUUUGCUCUUUGUUUCAGCAGAACUACAAGCUCUGUUGAUGAUUACGAUGAGGUUUUCUGUUAGAUUCACCAAAAGUUUACCGUGUAGGAGAUAAGGAUAGAUCUGCAACAUAGAUCUCGUUUGCUUCGCUUAUAAGCACGGCGCUAAUGGAGUUUGUUUUUUUGUUUUGUUUUGUUUUCUCUCAAGUACUUGGUCGGGUUAAAAUGACUAUGAUAACUCCAUUUUAAUCGUAAAAGAGAAGAAAUAGAUCCAAGCAACAAACCCC